GGUGGAACACCAGGGAGGAGACGCCGCGCGCGCGAGUCCGCGGCCCACGGAGCGACCGAUCGGCCGGCGGUUCAGUCAGUUGUCGUGCUCGGCUCUGUUCCUUCGGCUGCACGACCGAUCCCAGCGCUCCCGACUCGAACUCGCUCGCUGUUUUUUCCGACUCGCGAUCGGUCCUCGGGGCCUUUGGCGAAAGGGACCUCAUUUCUCUUCUUUUCGUCCUCGACGGAGAGGAAUGUUGCUUUCGCCAGAGUAGAGCCAGAGAGAUGACCUCGACCGAGGAAAUGGGCGAGCUGCUCGCCAGUUUGCCGACCGCUGUGUUCGAGGGGGCGACCAACGACACGGCCAACGACACUUUCGCCAGGAACGACUCCGACAUCAACCAGUUCUACUUUUACGAGACGGAGCAGUUUAUCGUCCUCUGGCUGCUAUUCAUCCUCAUUCUUGUCGGCAACUCUGCGGUUUUGGCAGCCCUCUUACUGGACAGGACGAGAGCGAAGUCGCGCAUGAACUUUUUCAUCAUGCAUCUUGCCAUUGCAGACCUCAGUGUUGGCCUGAUAAAUGUACUGACGGACAUUGUGAGCAAGCACGUCGUGUCUUGGUAUGCUGGAAAUGUUGCCUGCAAGUUCAUCAAGUUCCUCCAGGCUUUGGUAACUUACGCCUCCACCUACGUGCUCGUCGCACUGAGCAUCGACCGCUAUGAUGCAAUCAGGCACCCCAUGAAUUUCUCCGGCAGUUGGCGUCGGGCUCGGAUUCUGAUCGCGACGGCGUGGAUGCUCAGCGCCCUGUUCUCGGCGCCCAUCAUGUUCCUCUUCGAAGAGCGCCUCGUCCAAGAACAACCGCAGUGCUGGAUCGAACUUUCGGAGCAGUGGCACUGGCAAUUGUACAUCACCUUGCUGGCGGUGGUGCUCUUUUUCAUCCCUGCGUGCAUCAUCACCUUCUGCUACACGGUGAUCGUGGCCACAAUCUGGGCCCAGGGCAAAGUCCUCGGCACCCAGCCCGCCAGGUCAGCGAAAGUCGCGAGAAUGAAGACGCCCACCAGGACCAACGGCCACACUGAAGAAGAGGCAGAUUGCAGGCGGGCAAGCUCUCGAGGCCUGAUUCCAAGAGCCAAAAUAAAAACAGUCAAAAUGACACUCGUCAUUGUGUUUGUUUUCAUCCUAUGCUGGAGCCCGUACUUUGUGUUUGACCUGCUCCAGGUGUACGAACAGGUGCCGAGGACGCAGACCACCGCGGCGGUGGCCACCUUCAUCCAGUCGCUGGCGCCGCUCAACUCGGCUGCCAAUCCAGUCAUCUACUGCCUCUUUUCCUCCAGCAUCUGUCGCUCGCUCAGGAAGUUGCCACCCCUGGUCUGGAUUCCCUUCUUCCGACGAGGGACCGACACCAUCCCCCCAGGUGCUCUGAGCAGCUCCUCAGGUUGGAGAAACGUCCCUGGCGUCCCUGGCAGCAGAGAUAGCACGUCACUCAGCGAACUCGCCUCCCGCUCCUCGAGCAGCAACGCGUACAAUCGCUCCACCUGCAAAGGGUCUCCUCGGACCAUCGCCGCCUCACGCAGGAUGCUCUGAAAUAGUCGGGCCCUGGCAAGACUCAACAAAGAGGUGUAACUUUCAGGUUUACUGACCUGAAAAUGUACAUAUGUGUGUUGUGCUGAACGUAAAUCUCAAUUCGAGAGCGGGCGACCAGGAGAACUUGACUCAAGUGUCUUGGAGCUAUGCAACCUGUGUGACAUGCGUGUCAAUGUGUUGCAUACCUUUCGAUUAUAAAAGAAUCAAGUGAACCUGGGAGCCUCAUGACCGCGUAUUCAUGGGUGUUGAAUAGUCGUCUUUGUUUCACCUCAAGAUCGUACCUUGUUCACUUCUACUUCCGGGACAAUUUUUCUCCGCGCUUUUUACACCUAAAAUUUCAA